UUACCGUUCAGCUACACGUGUACACCAAUACCGGCGGCUGUCCAAGGUAUUAUUGAAGUCUAUUCAGUGGGCUCCAUUCCAUACCUGCAACAAGUUAUUGUGGUGCCCCUGAUCCAUGGGCCCUGGUCCUUUCCCCCCAAGAACGGCGCCCGGACGUCAAAGUCGUGAACUUGCCCACAAACGCGCUAGACCAAGAGCCUGGGCUGAGUUCUAUCUGGGGACCCCGACCCUUGUAGCCCGCCGUUCAGCGCAGCAGAACAUCAAACUGCUUUGCAUGAUGUCCUUCGGCCGCCCUCUCUCGAAACAGUCCCCAUUUGUGUUGCCUCCACGUCUUAUACCUUCUUCGCGUACAUGGUACCGCUUCGUGUUUUGGUGUUUUGUAAUCCGUCAUGGUGGUAUGAGAUCGACAAAUCAUUGAUAUACAUGCCGUCCUGAGCUGCUCUAGUUGCACUCUGUUUUCUGGCUCUCGUCUCUCUCUCUCUCUCAUGGCCUGGCGCCCGAAGUAAAAAGGUUACCACAUCAACAAGACCAGCAGAUAUGGCGGGCCGUAUGAGCUGGCCCCUCCAGAGGGUCGACCCUAGCACCUUCGCUCAGAUGGACACCUACCCGGAGGACAGGAAGGAGCUCGAUGUUGAGGUCAUGUCAAUUCGAAGUGAUGGCGACUCAACGCAGGUCGUGGGUAGCGCAGAAAUGUUCGACGAAAAUGGGAACGUGAGGUUGAUUCCGAUGCCUACAUCAGAUCCAAAGGAUCCUUUGAAUCUACCUAAUUGGAGGAAAUGGACUGCCAUUGGCUCUCUGUGCUUCUUCGGUUCCUUGGCCCUCUCCGCCGAGAUCAUCAUCGGCUCAUUGAUUCCCAUCUUUCUCCUCGAAUAUGCCGACGUCGACCCCACCACCAUCAAAAACAUCGACUUCGUCGCCGCCUCCGGAGGCAAGGGCACCCAGCUCAACCCCUUGGCCGUCCUCCCGCCGGGCGUGAAGCCUCCCAGCCUGGAGGAGGUGUCCAUGCUGGCUACGAUCCCGCUGCUCACCAACGGCAUCGCGAGUUACCUGCUGGUCCCCCUAUCGAUCGCCAUCGGUCGCCGUCCUGUCCUCCUUCUGACCGCUGUGCUCGCCUGGGCGGGUGGACUAUGGGCAGGAUUAUCGACGUCGCUCCAGUCUCACCUCGCGGCGCGGGCGGUCAUGGGCCUGGGUGCCGGUGCGGUCGAGGCCUUGAUCCCGCUUAUUGUUCAGGACAUUGUCUUUGUUCACCAGCGGAGUAAGGCGCAGGCUGCUAUUGUGGCUAGCCAGGGCAUCAUCAUCGUCGGACUGGGUAUCGCUGCUCCAUACAUCUCCGCGAACUAUGACUGGCGAUAUCUGUAUUACGCCACGUCUGGCGCCGGUAUUGUCGCGUGGCUGGUUCUCAUAGCACUCCUCCCUGAAACUCGAUGGACACGUUCAAGGGAGGCGCUUGGCGGCAAGUCUGAGGAGAAGCUUGAACCCGGCGAGGUGCGCCCCCGGAUCGACUACGCCAGGUUCGGCCCCCGGACGCUCUGGACAAACAUCGGCGUCUUCAACGUCGGCUUCGAAUGGAAGAACGCGGCCAUAUCGAUGCUCGACACCCUGCGGACGACCUUCUUCCCGGCCGUGGUCUGGUCCGUCCUGGCCAACAGCGUCUUCCUGGUCACGAACCAGGCGGCCCAGCAGCUCGGCUCGUUCGCCCUCCUCGCCCAGGGCUGGGAGUUCCAGUGGACCGGCCUGGCGGUCGUUCCCUUUGUGCUCGCCACGGGCCUGGUCUUUGUCACCGUGGGCCCCGUGGCGGACAAGGUGUCCACCAAGAUCGCCAAGAGGCGCAACGGCGUCCGCGAGGCCGAGUACGGGCUCGCCAACACGAUCAUCCCCUUCGUGGCGGGCAUCGCGGGGUGCUUCGUGUUCGGGUACGCGGGCGAGUCCACGGUGCACUGGUCCGUGUUGCUCCUCGGCUCGUUCCUCAUCAUAUUCGGGUUCCUGUGCCUCAUGGUCACCAUCAACGUAUACAUCGUCGAGUCGUACCCGCAGUGGGCGGGCCCCGUCCUCGUCAACGUCAGCUCGCUCAAGAUCAUCAUCUCCUUCUUCUUCGCCAGCCUGGCCACCACCUGGGUCGCGCAGAAGGGCCUCCUCGCGACCUUUGUCAUCUACGCCGAGACCAUGAUCGUCAUCUCCAUGUUCAUCCCCGUGCUCUGGUUCAGCGGCAAGAAGCUCAGGGUGUGGACCGCCGGCAAGGUCAAGUCGAAGCCGGCGCCGAGGACGCGCAGCUUUGGGGCGCAGUCGAGGUUUUCUCAGUGAGGCUCCAUGCUGUGGAACCAGCUGUAGAACCGGUGGCACAUUGCCUGCCACGUUUACGGAGGUUCUCUGUAGUUAUGGGCCCUGCAACACUUGCGAGCGAGCUACUGCAAUGUUGCGGCAACGCGUUUGAGAAACACUUCUCUCAGUGCUGCCGCAGCGUGAUCCCGGCUAGGAGGGAAAGGAGCACGCGCCGGCCUGGGCAUUUUGGUGGGCCUAGAAUUCUCUUCAGUCGUUACCUGCUCCAUGGUUUCAAGAGGCAUCCAGAGGUUGUAGCUGCAGAGUCAAAGCAGGAACAUAAUUCGGCCAACUCAAAAGGCAUAGCUUCCGCCGUAUGUGGUGCCUGAGGCACAGUGCACCAUGAUGGCACCAAGGAUCCGAUAGCGAGUAGUGGUCAUC